CAUGGAUUCCCUGAGGUCUGGGAACCACACUGGACUGACAGACUUCAUCUUAUUGGGCUUAACUGAUGACCCAGUCCUUCAAGUCAUCCUCUUUGUGAUCAUCCUGUGUAUCUACCUGGUGACCAUAUCUGGCAAUCUCAGCACAAUCCUUCUUAUCAGAAUCUCUUCUCAGCUCCAUCAUCCUAUGUAUUUUUUUCUGAGCCACCUGGCUUUUGCUGACAUGUGCUUUUCAACUUCUGUCACACCCAAUAUGCUUGAAAACUUCCUGCUGCAGAGAAAUCCAAUCUCCUAUCAUGGAUGUGGCAUGCAGCUUGGUUCAACUGCUGUCUUUGGGACAGUUGAGUGCUUCCUUCUGGCUACAAUGGCAUAUGAUCGCUUUGUGGCAAUCUGUAAUCCACUGCUUUAUUCAACCAAAAUGUCCACACAAGUCUGUGUUCAGUUCCUCAUAGUGGCUUACGUGGGUGGUUUUCUCAAUGCUUCCUCCUUUAUUAUCUGCUUCUAUUUUUUAUUCUUCUGUGGUCCAAAUCAAAUCAAUCAUUUUUUCUGUGAUUUUGCUCCUCUAGUGGAAGUCUCCUGUUCUGAGAUCAGUAUUCUUGUAGUUGUCCCCUCAUUUACAUCUGGCUCCAUCAUUGUGGUCACAGUGUUUGCCAUAUUUGUAUCCUACAUCUACAUCCUCAUCACCAUCCUGAAGAUGAAUUCCAACGAGGGGCGCCAGAAGGCCUUCUCCACCUGCUCAUCCCACCUCACAGUGGUCACCCUGUUCUAUGGAACCAUCACAUUCAUAUAUGUGAUGCCCAAGUCCACCUUCUCGACUGACCAGAACAAAGUGGUGUCUGUGUUCUACACAGUGGUGAUUCCCAUGCUGAACCCCAUCAUUUAUAGCCUCCAGAACAAUGAAAUCAAGAGGGCUCUGAAAAGAGUACUUCGCAAAAAAACAUUUUCUUAG